UGUUUGUGUUUUUGGUUGCGAUUGCGGGAAUCAUCGCGGGAAUUAGUUGCAUUUUUUUUUGGUAGAUAGACGAUAAAUUGGAGCCAGCCCGAUCAUAGUGUGGGAACUUACACAACGAGUGAAAGGAAUCGUGUUUGCUCUAUGUUUUCUUAGGCAAUCGUUGAUACACUUUUUUUUGCUUGCGUAUCGGUUGAAUUGUCACAAAUGCGUUAAUUUGGUUGCGUUGAGACAGUUUCUUGAAGCACGCGACAUAGCAGAAUGAUCAAUGCUGUAGGGCUUUUCAUAUCAUAGAGAGAGAGAGAGAGAGAGUUGAAACUACGCUGUACCCCUUGGCAAAGCUCCUAAGUGGAUUUGUGACCAUCAAUCACACUCCAUUUCGGUACUUCCGGUUUGCUUGCUUUUGUUGCAUAAAAUCCCUUGACCGCAGGCCAUAAGGAACGCUAGAAGAGCGCAGUUCCAUGAAACGUUACGCAACUACAGGCUAGUCCGCAACGCAUUUUCCGCGCCCCCAGUCUUUGGGCCAGAAGGACUGUUCCACACAAAACCAAAAGCGCCGCUUAUGAGUCUACCUCAAUCGAUAAAGAAAGUGCCAAACAUAAUUGUUGCCUCCGUGUGUACCUGUGCUGUAGAGCACGCACCAUACCACAUUGCCACGCCGACUAUGACUAAUGAAGGUGACGGUUGAAAAACGGUGCUACCAUUUUGCACGUCACUGUGGUGGUGUUGUGGUAUUGCGAUUUUUAAUUGUUUUUUCUUUGUAACAAAAAUCCGCUCGCUAUAGUUAUGCAAAUUUAUUAUAAAGAAUAGAAUAGGGGUAAAAGAAAGCCUAGUCCACCCGAGUCGUGGCGUGUACACUGCGUUGUUGGCGGCGACGUGAUGAGAGCGCGUUCAACACAUAAAACAAAGCGUUGACAACGCAAUGAAGCGUCAGCUGCCCCCCCCCCCCAGCAAAGGGACGGUGUACAACAACUAAACAAAAAAAAAAUACUUAUGGCACCGGGCCGCUUAUGUCACCUGUGCGACCUGUGUCCUCGUCCUCCUCCUCCUUCUCGCUUCUUGUUAGGCUGUUAGAGCUGUUCGCAAACGCCCUUGAAAGACGUCGCUGAACCACUUUUCCGUCACGUUUUCGGGUGGGCUUCUGGUUUGUUUGGCCUCCGUGCGUCGUUCGGCAUUGUUAUGGUAACGGAUUAGCUGACGACGGUAUGCGUACGUACAUAGCUGCUACGGUAGUAGUAGGCGUACGUUUCUCGCGCGCGCACACCGCGACUGCCGCUCAUUCGCGUAAACGGUGGCGGUUGGCCCAUUAGUGGUUAGCGGCCAGCGGACGGUGGGUGAUAGUUCAUUGCCCAUGAAAAGGUGGGCUUCGAUUGUGGUGUAAAGCUUUCAGAUCGUUCGUUACAGAUUCAUCAUUACAGUGCACAAGAAGGUGAUCCUGUAGGUUCCAAGAAAAGAUCCACGGUACAGCUAGUGUGAAUGAGGCGAUAACGAAAUGAAAUCAGAAAAAUACAGUGUAAACGUUACGUUUAGUGCAGUUGAAGUGAAAAUUGCGCCCAAGCACGUGUUUUAAAUAGCGCAAAGCGAAGUGUGGAUGGCAUGUGAUGCGAAGCGAGAGAAAGGGCUGCUUUAUUGGUGAUCGUGAUUAGUGAGAAAUAUCACAGCGGCCGCCCUACAACAAAGCGGCAUAACGGGCGAUCUGUAUCGAACGAUCGAAAUCGAAGUCCAUCCGCAACACCAAGCAGUAGUGUGGCUAAUGAGCGAAAGCAACGGACGCCGCUGUCCGCGCCAACAACCAGCACUGCCCAGUUUGGAGUGUCGUCCGAGUGAAACGUUCCCGCACGGUGGUGGUGGUGGUGCUGCUGCUGUUUGAUGAUAAUGGCGCCAGGAAAAUGGUGGCACUGGAGCACACGCCGUGCCUACGUUGCGUGUCUUAUCGGUAUUGUACUCACCCUGUGUCAAACGAUACCACACGCCAAAGGUCAAAGGGAUAAUGGUUCGCUGGUGGUGGUGCAAGCGUUACCACCAUCGUACUUUAGCGUUACAACGCCUACUGCAACGGAACCGUUGCUGCGACACAAGGCAUCGACCGAGCCCGCAGAGCUGUCGGAAGAAAGUUUCACCUCGGAAAGUAGCUUCCUGUCGAGCGAAGAUGUCUCCAGCUCCAAUAACUCACAGCCGGAUCAUCCAAACAGUUCGAGUGAAACUUCUUCCAGCUCACAAGAAAUGGAAGGGUUAAGUGCUCAAAGUGCAGAAGACGCUCAACAAUCGAUGGUAGUUACAGCUGCCAGUAACAAUCAGUAUGAAACGAGUUCAAACACAUCGCCAAAGCUGCUGACGGAACCGACGGAAGAUCAUCUCAUUGGAAAUGUCACCACCCGUCCAAUGGUAACUAACGCAACAACAACAACAACAACAACAACACCAGCAUCGAUUGCAGAGGAUACAACAGAGUCCGAAAGCACGGAAAGCAACUGUACCGGCCGUCCAUUCAUAGACCUGGCUCGCACUGGCAGUUUGGAGCGCUAUCGGCAUCAGCGGACGUUUGCACCGGUACCAACGAUACGGGCGGAAAGGAGCCAGCGUACAUCGGAGCCCCAGGUACAGCUGCUCAGUGCAAGAAGUGGUGCUGGACAGGAGCUACCUCCGGCGAGCGGUGAGAAUGAGGACGUGGAGCUACAUGCAGCACAGUACGGCUACCGGAUGUAUCGGCUCGAAGGUGACCUGAUGCUAACGGUGAUGAUGGAGACGGAUGAUUUUGGGGCAACGCUGCUAGCGAUCGAUCGCAUCAAUGACCUUCGACUGUUGGCCAGCGGGGGAGACGCUAGUAUAGGUUUGAACAUCAUUCACCUCCUCAACAUCUCCCUCAGCCAGCGAACGCUCCAGCAGGAAGUGAACAUCCUUAAGGAGUGUUCCACCAACACGAUCGGCAUCUUCGUCAGCCCGCGGCUCUGGCCCUCGGUGCGGCUGCUGUCCGAAACGCUGGAUUACAACAUCUUCCCGCUUCCGUCGACAAAUGAUGCCCUGUUCGCCAAAGCGGCACACCUGCUGUACGAGCUGCCCUGGACGAACAGCAACUCGUCCGCCAUGGUGUACUCGGGCUCGAACGAGCUGUCCACCCGCUUCAAUGCCAUCUGCCGGCACGAGCAUCUCUGUCUCGAGAACUACCCCAGCAGCGACACCAUCUACAUCCAGCUGGGCCUGGAACCGGCCAUCAGCUUUGCCAUCAACGGUACGCUUGUGCUCGUCCUCACCGCGCACGAUCGUUUGUAUCUUCCUGAUCUUCCUGUUGGUGCUUACGUGAUUGCGGAAGCAGAGCUGAAUGUGGCCUCGCUCGGUCACUCCUGGGAACGGUACGGCACCAGCAUCCGCGGCUCGGAACUGCUCGUCACUGGCGGGCUGUUGCUGGAGGUGAUCGAUCUGCUGAACCGCCCCGGAAGCGACUGUCGCAAUGCCAGCAUCGAGUGUAUGAACAAUUGGAAGUAUCAUGCGAAACGAUCAAGCACGGAGGUACUCAACCAUCUCCAGCUGAAGAAUGCCACCCAGUCGAUUAAGUUCGAGUUGCGGCAGAAACGAACCAUCGUGCACGUUCGUGCAAACGAUACCGAGCCAGCAGCCACCGCCGAUGCGGAUCCAGACGCGACCGAGCUGAAGUUAGUCGCCAGCUCGAACGCGAUCACCAACUACACGACCGUGUACGGGCGGCUAGCGACCAGCCCGGACGCACCGUCGAAGCUCGGCACGAUCUUUUACUGCGCGAAAGAGUUCGAAAUACGCCAUCCGGAUUUCAUCGAGCGGCACCAUCGGCCCCCGGUGUACUACGGCACGUCCACCGACGCGGAGGAGUACGGCGACAUGUACUGGCAGCUCAAGAUGGAGGCGUGGGUUGCGGCCGGCCUUACCGUAUCGUCGCUGGGCAUACUGCUCUGCGCCGCGAUACUGAUCUUUCUGAUCGUGCGCGUCUGCAUGGACGACAUCCUGGAGGGGCACCCGCUCGGUAGCAUUUUGUUGCUGAUAAGCUUGAUACUGCAGUUUGCCGCCUUCAUACCGUUCAGCCUGGAGUACACGGGCUACACGACGGAUCUGGCGGGCCAUCGGACGGACACGAUGCUGACCUGGAACGCGCACUGCACGGUGAAAAUCUUCCUCGUGUCCAUGUGCUACUGCAUGACGUUCUCGCUGCUGCUGUGUCGUGCGAUCAUGCUCGCCUCGAUCGGCAGCGAGGGUGGCUUCCUGUCGCACAUCAAUGGCUACAUCCAGAGCGUCAUCUGCGGCUUCAGCACGCUGGUGCAGCUCGGGUUGUCCACGCAGCUCGUGAUCGUGCUGCACGCGAACGCACACAGCAUCUCCUGCGGCGAGAUUUACUACGGCCACUGGUUCUGGGCGGUGAUUGCGUACGACGGCGUGCUGCUGGUGUCGCUCAUCUUCCUUGCGCCGUUCAUUUUCCGCUCGCAGCGCAACUACCGGGAGGGGCUGCUGCUCGUCACGGGAUCGGUGCUGUGUUUGGUUAUCUGGACGGUUUGGAUUCCGCUCUGCAUGUUCGGGUACGAAUGGCGAGAAGCAGCCAUUUCACUCGGCAUGGUUGCCACUGCGCUGGCCGUGCUGGUGGGCAUCAUGAUACCGCGCUGCUUCCUGAUGGUGCGCAGCAUCGCACGAUCGGAUCUGGUACAGGCGCUACCCUCGCUCACGUCGCUCGCCUUUGCCCAAGCAAAUCAGUUCAUUUCGGACCAGAGUGUCUAUGAAUGCGUCAAUCCGGCAAUGCGCCAACGAUCACCCACGGACGAUAGUUUCGUGAUGGAUCAGGACCUCGACGAGGCGUACUCGGCAAACAGCGAAAUUCCAACGCUACCACUGCGGGGCCAGCGACGCUUGCGGCAGGAAAAUGGCACCAUUACCAUGAGCACCAGCAAUGGCACGAUUGGCGGCAAUCAUAAUGGUACGCUCGUAUCACCGAUGGAUCGACCGGUGGGCAACGUGACCCACAUAGCACCCAACUUUUACGGCAUCUCCAAUCCGUACAGCUGUUCCGACUCGAUCACAUCCAUUUCGCCGAACAAAAUUACCCGAUUCUAGAGCGUUCUAGCAGAGCUCCGCUACACUUCACAGACUCGGUGCAAUCGCAUACAUUCUAGUCAUAAAGAGGAAGCAAAAAAAGCCAACCGAUGUUUUUUUACACAUCGUUGCACCGUUAAGUUGGUGUUUCUGCGUGGCGCGCGCGUGUGUGUGUUUUUUUAAACUUUCAUCACCGUGAGAGACAAUGUUUAUUUCCAUGUACUCAACAUCGAUAUCUUUCGAUGUUUUAUUCCGUAAGCUUAAUGUAAGAAUUAAUUUAUUGCAAUGCAAACGAAAUAAAAUGGACACACGAAACAAGAACAAUGACAA